CUUGAAUUGUACUCUGACCCCUUUUUUUCAUCUCUCACAGCAGAUUUAUCCGAAGUUGAUCUGGAUGGCUCCUAGUGAUCCCAGGCGUCCUGACAAAGUGUACAGGUAUCCGAAAAACGCCCAGGCGGUAGGGGGCUCUGCUGAGUACUUUAAUGCUAUUGGCAUGGUCUGUAGCUUGGUGGGAUUGCUCAUGAAGAUGAAGUGGGCCUCGUGGAUAGGCGUGUGUUGCUCUGUUAUGUACCUGGCCAACAGCAAGACCGCAGAGGACAAGAAAACUAUGAUCAGUCUAUUCAUGUUGGCUAGCUCGUCUCUAGUGAUGGUGUACAUGCAGGCUCCAUCACCGAUGACUUUACCAUUCACGUAGUAGCUAAACGAUUAUCACAUAAUUAUGUACUUUCGUCGUAUUCUUUUGUAUAAGGUUGUACUCUAUCGUUUUCGUGUGUUAAUAUGAAUAAACUAUACGUCUAUUGACAGAACAGAAA